AUGCGACGCAUAGCUUCAGGAUCGUCAUAUUCUACUUCUGAGAGUUUGCUAACGGUGCCCACUGUGUUGCAGGCAUACGGUACCACAGUAAGCUCUUCAGAAUUGUAUCUGUAUACAUUAAGGCUGCUGGUGCUGGAAUAUAUCAAUGAGCCAAGAUUUCAAGAAAAAUAUGUCAGAGAAACAGUACCCGCAACAUCAGUAAAAGAGGUUUCAAAGAGUGAAAGGCGUAGCAGGCGUGUUUCGUGGUUUUCCAGUGGCACCGCCCCUGUUAAAGGUCCAACUGAGGUCGAAAUUCUACAGAAUAUCCUUCCUAAACUGGAAAAAUACCUAAGCAAAGUUGCAGUCGGGAAAGUUAAGCUAUUGAAUGACAAGCUUCGAAGAAGUUAUUUGAAAUUUUAUAAUGACGUGUUUUUAAAUCCUACAAUGACGCAAACCCUGAAGUCUAUGCAAAGAUUUGAAGAGCUUAUAGUGCAUUUUACAAAGGCGGCCAACGGUGAACUGAACAAGUUGAUUGUUGAUAACAUCCAAAAAGAAUUAUACACGGAAAUUUCGUGUUUCAUCAAUAUAUUGAUAGAAUUAGGUUCAGCCAGUAUCACAGGAAGCUUGAAAAUCAAACUAGAGCAAUAUAAGGAUUCUGUUAAGCCUAGAAAAACAUCGCUGAAAAAGAUAACCUCAGAACUCUCUAUAGAGCCGUCCAAAUUAGAAAAUACCGUAAACGUAACCCUUAGACCAACCUUCAGAUUGAACGAAGUUACACACUCCUCGUAUUUUAUGGAAUUGUUUCAAGUUGACGAAGUUCAAUUGCAACAAGAUAUAAUAACUGCUAUGAAGGUAUCUCAAAACCAUGUGUACUGUGAGGAAUUACUGGCUCUGAGAAGAAGAGUAGCGAACGAUACAGGACAGUUUUCAGUACAGGAUUUCUCUUCUGAAAAGUAUUACGAAAACUGGAAAACUUAUGAAAUGAGUGAAAUAGCGGUCUUGCUAGAUAAAUUCAAUGACAAAGGGAAGUCUGCCGUUAAGUAUGAAAAUCUCCAAAAUAUCAUACCCAAGAACUCUAGAGAUAUGUUCACAGCACUUCUAGUCAAAAUUUUUAGAAAAGAGUCAGUGAACAGUAUUGAUUCUCUGGGACUAUCACAAACUGGGUUAUUUUUCCUUACAAAGGCCUCGAAAUAUUGGCGAGUUGACUAUCAUUCCACACUUGGCUCUUUGUCAUAUACUGCAGCAAACUUAAGCAUUCUUGAUGACGAGGAACUGAACCCAAAGCUUACAGAAAAUCUAUUUAGCUUUAUUAACACCAGAAUUCUUCGAUUCGAGGAUAAUUCGAAUGUAGCAGCCUGGAAUGAUAUAGAUCAAAGAAUGUGGCUGGUGAAUCUAUUUCAUACAUCAGAACAAUGCAUCAACUCUAUUAACAAUCUGUUGACAGCCAUAUACACCAGCACGAAACCAAAAUUUUCUCCUGUAUUAUCAUUCUACUAUACUUACGUCGAGACAGACCCCUCAAUGAUUUUAUUCAAAAAGCGUUCUGCUUACAGCAAUACCAGACCACUAAGGAGACUUCGUAAAACAAUAUUUGAAACAAGCGAGCGCUACUAUAUAUCCUUAUUGGAAGGAGUACCGAAAGAUAACACGAUUGAAAUACAGCAUAUUCAAAACGUUGCUGAACUAAUAAUUGAGCAAAUUAAAAGUAUACAAAAAAGGUAUAGCAAACCACUUUUAGAUAAUAUUAAUUUAUCAUUCGAAUGUGCUACAGUACUGAUCGAAGCAUUAGCGUCGGACGCACCGACUAUGAUCAAACGGGCUGAAAAAUACAAUGAAGCUAAAAGAGGCGAGGCUAUUCCACCGGUUGAUGCCUUAGAGGCCUAUUCGGUUUUCAAAGAGGUGCAUGAUAUAUAUUCACAGGUGAAACCUGGAGCAGCGUUCCCCUUUAAGUUGGAAAGCUUGUUCUCACGAUAUUUGAAUGACCUUUGUGGCGAGGUGUGUUCCAGGAUACCCAGAGUCAUUGAAUCAAGUAUUCAAAAUGAAAGCUGGUUGUCUGUUAAUUCGGAAACCAAUUUCAGCUCUUCCGUCGUGGAUAUAUUUAAGAUGAUAAACGAGUCGAUAGCAAUGUUUCGGAAGCUACAAUGGGAAGAUAAGUAUGAAAACGCUAAGGUAAUAACGCUUCUCUUAAAAGCAUUUUCAGACGGUAUUCAUACCUAUGCAACAAAUUCAUUAGCCAUCCUUGAAAAAGAUUUGUUACAUGAUUCCUCCGAAAUGAAUAUAAAUGGAGAAGAAAAUAAGGAAAAUGUCAACGAUGGUAGAUUUUCUUCCGAAAUAUUACGUAAUUGGUCGUUUACAGACAUGAAAAAUGCAUUUCGAUCAUCAUCCGUCGUCAUGGCACCAAAACCAUAUCAGUUUAAAAAACGCACAUGUGUUAUCUUGAAUAAUCUAGAGGCCAUGAUCCAAAAAAUAAAUGACUUGGACGAGCAACUAAAAGCUGAGCAAUUAUCCGAAGUGAUAGUUCAUAAUGAACGAAAAAUGCGAGGUAAAAAGGCAAGUUUCACUAAUUCAAAGCAAACAUUACAUCAAAUUUACACCGUACGUGUUAUUGGUGCGGAAAAUAUCAAAGGUUUUAGUAACGAUGGACUAUCAAACGCUUUUGUAUCACUGGUGGAUACAAAAAAACGGAGUGAAAUUGGUAAGACUAAAACGGUUGCCAAAUCGAUUAACCCUGUAUGGGAUGAAGAGUUUGAGAUAGAGAUCCCUGUUGAAAAAUCACGUUCGAUUGCUCUGACCGUAUGGCAUAGGCCACGAGGAAAAUUACAUCAACUAAGUAACUAUGAUAUUUGUGGUAACUGCUCUCUUUUGUUAGACCACAGAAAAUUCACAGAUGACGGGUUUCCUAACGAGGUUAUGCUAUUAUUAGGUACACAGGGAAGGCUACUUCUGGAAGUUUCACUCGAGAGUGAGAAAAUGGAUCCGUUAUUUUGCAUUGGCAGAGCUUACAGAACGCUAACAAGAACAAGAGAUAGGGCAAUAGAACUAGUUAUCAACAAAUUCGUAACUUUUAUCGACUAUGCUUUUUCCAGAGCAACAUUAAGAGCGGUUUGUGGUAAUUAUGGCACUACACCAGCCCCAAAGGAUGUUAUUUACGAUGCCAUUGUUCCUCUGUUCGACUAUCUAAAUUCUAAUCUGAGUGUCAUAGCUUCCACUUUGUCUCAAACAUUGCUUUUCAAAGUCAUGUUGAAAGGAUGGUCAUAUAUUUUAGGGGCCGCGGAUUCCUUACUUUUGCCACAACUUACCAUGGCCAAAUAUAAAAGGCUUUCCGGAACUAAAUCUCGUUGGGAGAAUGCUGUUUCGUCUGCACUUGGCAAUGCUUAUACAGUUUCCGGGUAUGGAAGAGCAUUGACUCAACUAGAAAUUGAGACAAUAUUCGUUUGGGUAAACGCACUAUGCAUCGAUUUUUUCCACAAUCACGGUGAAGGUCCUCCGCUGAGUGAUUUGAAAAAUAAACAUUACCAAACGAUUCUACUAAUACCUGCCUUUUUUGACAAAAGCAUCUCCGAGUUGAAAAGAGAGGUCGACACCUUGUCUCCAGAUUACGCAAAAUAUCUGAAUCAGGUAACCAUCACGAAUUCGAGCAGCAGAAAGUUCAGUGUGAAAUUGUCCACAUUGGCAAGAAACAAGACAAUUAUGGCCAAUGCUUCAAAAAAGAGGAGAUCAAAGAUUCGCCAACAAGUAGAAGAACUGGAAAGUGGUCAACUAGAAAGAAAUGCGGAAAUUUUGGACGUUCUUUUGAGAACCUUGAUUGCUAAAGGGGAGAUGGAUUACGUUCACAAGCACCUAACCACGAGAGAGAAGGUAAGAAAGAAAGUAGCCACAGAAAAAUUAGUCAAAGCCGCCGUAGACGGUCAAAAAAAUCACAGAACUCAUUAA